AUGUUGCUUAGGGACAUCUCUCGGACAGCCAUCUCCUCUCUGCCCUCCAAAGGGCUGGAGAACCUGAGGCACCUAGUGGCCAGAAGUACCUGGUACCUGAAGAAACUGCCCCCUCUCAGCACCUUUGUCCACCUGGAGAUAGCGGACUUGUUUUAUCCCAGCCACUGCUGCGCGUUCACUAACUGGACCAAGAAGAAGAGUGAUCUGGAGGCUUUCCUCUGCAAUCGGACCUCCGUGCAGAACACACACACGAAGCGUUCUCUGAGGACCUACAUAGGCAUUGGCCCGUACUUCCAAGAUUACAUGGAUGGAGAUUCUGACCCGACUGACAACAAUAAAUUCAGCGACUUUCACAGCAGCCGCCACUACUCCGUCUUCUACGAGGACCAGGGGGAGGAAGAGUUGGGCUUUGGGCGAGUGAUAAAGAACGCCCAGGAGCAUUAUACACAAACCUUUGAGAAUCAUUACGAGUAUAUUAUCUGCGGUGGCAAUGAGAAGUUGGUGUGCACUCCGGAACCUGACGAGUUCAACCCCUGCGAGGACAUCAUGGGGUACGACUUCCUGCGGGUCAUCGUGUGGUUCGUCAAUCUCCUGGCCAUCUUGGGCAAUGCCUUUGUCUUGUUCAUUCUGCUCACCAGCCAUUACAAGCUGACCGUGCCGCGGUUUCUUAUGUGUAACUUGGCUUUUGCUGACUUCUGCAUGGGCAUCUACCUUCUCCUCAUCGCCUCCGAGGACCUCCAUACCCGCUCUGAAUAUUACAACUACGCCAUUCACUGGCAGACAGGAGCAGGCUGUAACACAGCCGGGUUCUUCACCGUCUUUGCCAGUGAGCUCUCGGUCUACACCCUGACGGUGAUCACUUUAGAGCGCUGGUACGCAAUAACGUUUGCCAUGCGCCUGGAUCGCAAGAUCCGCCUCCGGCACGCCUUGUUUAUCAUGCUGGGCGGCUGGGCGUUUUGCUUGUUUUUGGCUCUUUUACCAUUGGUUGGGAUUAGCAGCUACGUGAAGGUUAGUAUCUGCUUACCGAUGGACACAGAAACAGUGCUUUCCCAGGCCUACAUCGUCUUCGUUUUAAUGCUCAACAUCGUCGCGUUCGUUAUAAUCUGCGCUUGCUACAUCAAGAUCUACAUCACUGUCCGCAACCCGCACUACAAAUCCGGGGACAAAGAUACAAAAAUCGCAAAGCGCAUGGCGGUUCUCAUCUUCACAGACUUCCUCUGCAUGGCGCCAAUUUCCUUCUAUGCCUUGUCCGCCAUAAUGAACGAGCCGCUGAUCACCGUGUCCAACUCCAAGAUACUUCUGGUACUCUUGUACCCCCUUAAUUCCUGUGCCAACCCUUUCCUGUAUGCCAUCUUCACCAAGGCCUUCCGCAGGGAUGUCUUCAUCCUCCUUAGCAAGUUUGGCAUCUGUGAGCACCAAGCUCAGGUGUAUCGCGGACAGACCGUGUCUGCUAAGAACAGCAGCGGCUCCUACGGUCAGAGAAGCAACGGCAGUACCGGACAGACUUUGGCCAACGUUCCCGACUUCCUUAGAAGCGACCAGUCUGUGGUGGGAACGCAGACAGCCCUACUGGAGGACAGCCACCAGACUGUGCUGUAA